AUGCCCGGGAUGUCUUUAAUGAGACCGGCCCUCUCCACGGCCCUUUCUCGUCUACCCAGCGUAUCCUCCCUCGCGUCAUGGCGCACCCUCGCCCUCGUCUUCGCGCUCGUAAAUCUCAAGGGGCUACCGCUCGCAUGGCACAUUCGGCUCUUCUACCGCAUGUUUGAGAACUGGUACUCUCACGACCGUGUUCGGCACUCUCUUCAGCCACCACCAUCCUCGAAAUCGACCCAUCCCCUCUUCGAGCCCGUCUCCAUAAAGUCACAUUCGCCCUUACUCGAGAUCGACUAUAACCUCCACAAAUCCAACAGCACCUACUUUGCCGACCUGGACGAGUCGCGGACCUCAUUAGUCUCGAAACUCCUUAUCCCCGGUCUAAAACAGGGGAACAUCAACCUUGAAAGGGAAGGGCAUAGAGGUCCUCUCAAUGUGAUUUUGGGGAGCGUACACACCAGCUUUCACCGCGAGAUCAAGCCGUAUGAGAGAUAUGAAGUGAGAAGUAAGAUUCUGGGUUGGGAUAAGAAAUGGAUCAUAAUCGGCAGUUGGUUUGUUCGGCCUAGUAGGAGGGGGACCACAGAGACAUUAUUGGCGAGUGCUCUCAGUAAAUACGUGGUCAAGAAGGGCAAAUAUACGGUCCCCCCGGAGAGGUGUUUUACGACGUCAGGCUGGUUACCGGCACGGCCGUCUUCAGCGGGCGUGUCUUCAGAGGAGCCGUCGGUUGCUCCUACGCCCCAGGAAGGAUUGGUAUCGACCAUCCCAACUACUCUGGCUCCAGCGACGGAUGGCCUCGUGGAGAAGUUGGAGAGCGCAGCAGGAGAAGAGUCUACUUCGGGUACGAUGGAUGGUGAUUCAGACUGGUACCGUAUCGAGAAGGAACGACUUCGAGGACUCCAGAUAGCAGAGAACUGGCUGAACCUGGACAAGCAACUGAUGGAGGAGUUUGCGAAAGCAUAG